AUGAAACUUAUAGUUUGCAAUGAACUUCAAAGUAUAGAUACAACAAAAGUUUUGAACUCAGAUGCUUUGAAGAGUCUUAUAACAGACAAAGUUGGAGUUGUUGAAAGAAAAUAUAAAGACCAAAGAGUUUGUGAAAAUGUUGCAAACUUCAUUAUGGUUUCAAACAAUGCUGUUCCGAUGAAGUUAGAAAGUUCUGACAGAAGAUAUGUAGUUGUCAGAACGUCAGAUUCUCAUAUGCAAGAUACAGAAUAUUUUGACGACUUAGCAGAAACUUUGACAUCUGACUUUUACAACCACUUGUUCUCAUAUUUCAUGACAUUAGAUAUUUCUAAGUUCAAUCCAAGACAAAUUCCACAUACCGAAGAGAGACAAACAUUGUUAGAAGCAAACAAGAGUGUAUAUGAACUGUUCAUAGAUGAAACUGACUUUGUGUCAUUAGAUGAAAGGUCAUUGUACGAUUCGUAUAAACAAUAUUGUCAAGAAUAUGGUUAUAUGACAGCGUCUAAACGAACAUUCUUGGCAAAUGUCAAAAGUCUUUUAGACGUACAGAAUGGUGUAUAUACAAAGAAAAAUUUUUAUGAGUAA